AUGGCGGAUAGUCAUGUGAAAAAAACUCUCGGUGCUUACGUGCAUCCCAUCCGCUUCAAGUUUGCAACCAAAGAAGUGGUACAGAAACUGAAUGUUUUGCUGUUUGGUGUUGAGGGCCAGUUGAAUAGAUAUCGUGCAAAUGUGAUCAAUUUUGCUGGCUUCCGUACGAAGAACGAACUGGAAGAUUUCCAUCGAAGACUGGACCUUCUGUCCGAAGAAGAAGUGCCAAACAUCGCGGAAGUGCUAAACGGAGAUGCAGCCCAAGUUUCGAAACAAGAUUUGUAUCAACUCAUAGCGAAACUGGGGCCCUCUCUGAAAAUGGAAACGGAUGAUGCAGCCCGUGGAAACCAGUCGACUUCAGAGCUGGGAGCUAAGCGUGCUUCCAGUGCGUCGAAAUCGGUCUCAAUGCAUAGUAUCCAGUCCACAUCGAGUACGGCCGUCGAGGAAGCAGAAAAGGAAUUGGAGUUGACGAAAAAAAUUCUGGAGCUGGAGAGAUCGAAAAUGGAAGUUGAACAUAACCUCAAACUAAAAGAAAUCGAAAACAAAAUACUACAAGCGAAGCUGGUAGAACAGGACCAUCAGUCCGAAGCAGAGUCCCUGUGUAGUCUGGAAAGUUCGACGAAAAGGCAGUUUCAGAAGGUUAACGAAUGGAUGGACAAAAACAUACAGUGCGGCCAAGAAGAAACACCUGUUCAAUUAUCAGUUCAUAAAGAGAUCCCAUUGCUUCAACGACACGUACAACCUUCCGUUUAUGAAACUCCUCCGUCAAGCCGCCUGGAGAAACUGCUAGCUAGGCAGAUACUGGGGUUUGAAUUGCCACGGUUUGCAGGAAAUCCAGAGGAAUGGCCAAGUUUCAUAACGGUGUUCCGGCGUUCUACCGAGGAUGGGGAAUUCAGUGAUGCCGAAAACAUGAUGAGGCUGCGCAAGUGUCUGGAAGGUCCAGCCAAGGAAAGCGUGGAAAUGUUACUACUAACCAACGAUGUUCGUCGAACCUUGGAUGUCCUGGAAAGAAACUAUGGAGACAGCAAAGUGAUUCUGCAGAAGGUUAUGGACAAAGUGGCAAAUUUCAAAUUCGUACACGAUCCGAAGAGCUUCCUUGAAUUCAGCAACUUGGUGGAAAACGUAACCGUUAUCAUGGGCUCCUUUGAUGCCAAAGUCCACGACGUUGAAGCUGUGCUGGAAAAGCUGCUACAAAAGCUGCCGGAUUACUUGCGUAUACAAACCGCUGAGCAUCAAAUUGAAAAGUGCCCUGUCUUCACGAAAAUGGACCUUAAUCGACGAUGGGAUGCAGCAAGGAAGUUCAGCUUGUGCUUUCUGUGCCUGACGAAGCACAACACGAAAUGCACCAGCAGUGCGGUGUGCGGAUUGAAUGAAUGCAACAGACGUCAUCAUAAAAUGUUGCAUCGCAUGGAACCGUCCAACCCUUUGGGAGCAGUUGUUGAGGAUCAAACGCGAUCGGCUAUUCUGAAAUACGUCCCCGUUCGAGUGAGCGGCCCCAAAGGUACGUUGUCAACCACUGCGUUCAUAGACGACGGCAGUAGCUUGACUCUGAUUGAAGCCGAUGUGGCAGCCGCCAUAGGAGUGACCGGUUGCAAGAGCCCUGUAUCCUUUACUUGGACCGGUAAUAUACGCAGAGAAGAAGAGGAUUCUGAAAUCGUUCAACUAAAUAUCAGUGCUGACAUUCCGGGUUGGCCUGAAUAUGAGCUGGAUUGCGUGCACACAUUGGACGGUCUCAACAUCCCAUACCAACAGUGGGACACCGAAAAACUUCUGCAGAAGUAUCCGUAUUUGUCAUCAAUCGACCCACGAUCGAUCAGCGGAAGCCAACCGACUAUUUUGAUUGGCCAGAACAACGGUAAACUCAUCGUACCUAGAGAGCACUACGCGCCAGACGGGCAGUCGCCGAUAAUCAGUAAAACUCGUUUGGGGUGGGUGGUACACGGGCCAGUUGUUGGUUUGGGAUUCAGGCUUUGUGGAUCCGAAGAAGAUGUAGUAAAUGUAUGUGUGGAUGAUCAAUUGGCCGAACUGAAUGAACUUGUGAGAAGUAGUAUGUCUCUGGACAAUUUCGGCGUGUGUGUCAGUAAUGCGAACAAUCAAAGAAGUGUUGAUGAUGUACGUGCUUUGGAUAUCGCCAAGAGCACGGUUAAUAAAGUGGGUGAACGUUAUGAGAUUGGGUUGCCAUAUAUUUCUGAUGACAUCGUAAUGGAGCGUAGUCUGCACACUGCGAUGCGUAAUCUUGAUUGCGUCGAAAAGCGGUUGCAACGACAGGGGCUAACGGAACAGUACAGGAACAUCGUUGAAUCCUACCACGAAAAGGGUUAUGUCGUCAAGGUACCGUGGCGCCAGGUGGAUUGGAGUAACGGUAAGCUCUGGUUCUUGCCUCAUUUUCCGGUCCUCAAUGUCCACAAGCCAGGAAAAAUACGCAUGGUGUUCAAUUCAGCAGCUAAAAGCAACGGAAAGUGUUUGAAUGAUUACUUGCUUUCUGGACCACCAAGUGGGGUAACGAUUUUUGGCAUUCUUGGUCGUUUUCGAAGAUACCCAGUGGCAGUUGGUGCUGAUGUGACCGAAAUGUUUCACCAAGUGAUGGUGAGAGAGGAAGAUACUUGGUCCCAGUGCUUCCUAUAUCGUGAAAGCCCUUCGGAUCGCCCACAAGUUUACCGAAUGAACGUCAUGAUUUUCGGAGCAAACUGUUCGCCAUUCCUGGCACAAUUCGUUAAGAAUCACAAUGCUGAGCAGCAUAAGCACGAACAUCCAGAAGCAGCAUCUGAUGUCAUCGAACAACAUUACGUCGAUGAUUAUUAUCAAUCAUUCGAAAAUGUUGAACAAGCAAGCCAGUCUCGCGUCAAGUGGAAGGUAGCGAAGGAAAACAUGAAAGUUGGGGAUGUGGUAAAAAUGGCCGAUCCGAAAGUUCCUCGAGGAGAAUGGCCUUUGGGACGAGUUGUGAAAGUGUAUACCGGGGACGAUGGUCUUGUGCGCUAUGCAGAUGUGCGGACCCAGAAUACUACACUGCGUCGACCUGUAACGAAGUUGGCAGUUAUUGAAGGUUUAGAUUGA